AUGAAGGAAGCAAUUGUCGCAAAGGGUCCAAAGGUCACAAUCCACGAUGUCCCUGUCCCGAAACCAAAUGCGGACCAGGUUCUGAUCAAAGUAAUCUACUCUGGGUCGAACCCCAAAGACUGGAAGUUACCGGAGAUGGGCAACACGCACAACUCUGGCGAUGAUAUUGCAGGUCUCGUCGAGGCAGUUGGUGAAAAUGUUACCGAGUUCAAAAAGGGAGAUCGAGUUGCUGCCUUUCACCAAAUGGCGGCCCCCAAUGGAAGCUUUGCUGAGUACGCAAUUGCAUGGGACCACACAACCUUCCAUUUGCCAACGAAGACCAGUUUUGAAGAGGGCGCUACAGUUCCACUUGCAGCAAUGACCUCUGCUAUAGGCAUGUACUUGCGCCUUGGUCUUCCGGAACCUUGGGCUGCAACGACUACUCCUAUCCCUUUAAUAGUCUAUGGCGCAUCUGGUGCAGUUGGAGCUUAUGCGGUCAAGCUCGCUCGGGCGUCGAAUAUCCACCCAAUCAUCGCUGUUGCAGGAAAAGGUCAGAACUUCGUUGAAUCGCUCAUUGACAGAAGUAAGGGCGAUACAAUUGUCGAUUACAGAAACGGGGACGAUGCGGUGGUAUCUGGUAUGAAGGAUGCACUGAAGAAGGCUGGAGUGAACGAGGUUCGUUACGCUUUUGACGCAAUCAGCGAACACAACAGUUUUAUGAACAUUAGCCAAGUGCUGGCGAAGCAAGGAAGCAAGAUCACUCUAGUUUUGCCAUGGGGAGACUUUUCGGCAAUUCCCGAUUAUAUUAAGCAGGAAAUAACUAUGGUUGGCUGCGUCCACAUGGAUAUAGAGGCAGAAAGUUCGGAGGGCAAGGCUGGCAUCAAGACUGGGGCCAAGGAUUUCGGUUAUGUGUUCUUCCGACUCUUCUCCCGGGGACUCCAGGAAGGAUGGCUUACAGCUCAUCCAUAUGAAGUUGUUCCAGGCGGCCUGAAUGGUUUGGAGACAGCGCUGUCGAACUUGAAGAAUGGAGUGAACUCGGCUACUAAAUACGUCUUCAAGAUUGAGGAUACUAAGUAA